AUGGUGGACCGCGAGCAACUGGUGCAGAAAGCCCGGCUGGCCGAGCAGGCGGAGCGCUACGACGACAUGGCCGCGGCCAUGAAGAACGUGACAGAGCUGAAUGAGCCACUAUCCAAUGAAGAAAGAAAUCUUCUCUCCGUGGCCUACAAGAAUGUAGUUGGGGCACGCCGUUCUUCCUGGAGAGUCAUUAGUAGCAUUGAGCAGAAGACUUCUGCAGAUGGUAAUGAGAAGAAGAUAGAGAUGGUCCGUGCGUACCGUGAAAAAAUAGAGAAGGAGUUGGAAGCGGUAUGUCAGGAUGUGCUGAGCCUGCUAGAUAACUACCUGAUCAAGAAUUGCAGUGAGACCCAGUAUGAGAGCAAAGUGUUUUACCUGAAGAUGAAAGGGGACUAUUACCGCUACCUGGCUGAAGUAGCCACUGGAGAGAAAAGGGCGACUGUCGUGGAAUCAUCUGAGAAGGCCUAUAGCGAAGCCCAUGAAAUCAGCAAGGAGCACAUGCAGCCUACUCACCCCAUUAGAUUAGGCCUGGCUCUUAACUACUCCGUUUUCUACUAUGAGAUCCAGAAUGCCCCAGAGCAAGCAUGCCACUUGGCCAAGACCGCCUUCGACGAUGCCAUUGCUGAGCUCGACACUCUCAAUGAGGACUCCUACAAGGACUCCACUCUCAUCAUGCAGCUCCUUCGUGACAACCUAACGCUCUGGACAAGCGAUCAGCAAGACGACGAUGGUGGAGAAGGCAACAAUUAA